AUGUCACAGUCAGACUCAGAAUGUCCUAAUUGUGGGAAACUCCGAGAUAAAUUGAAUGAAACUGUUCAGAAGAAUGUUGAGUUAGAGAGCCUCAACGAGAAGCUAUCCAAACAAAUCGAGACACUCCGUAUUGAAUAGGAAGCAAGCCAAAAGAGAAUAAGUGAGUUACUAGAAGAUUCAAAGAAAAACACUAUGUCCUAGUUCACUCUCGGGCUAAGCACCCUGCCUCAGUAACAAGAUUUACCUGAAUCUUAGGAUUAGUCUACUCCAGGUGGCAAUUUGAAAAAGAUACAAUAAGAAUUAAGAGUUAGUAAGAAGGCUGAAUAGUUGGCAAAAGAUAAGUUAGCUUAAACCAAGAAAAGUCUAGAGAGAAGCGAGAAGGACUUUAACAAGUACAAGGAGGAUGCUGAGCUGAGAAUUGAAGGACUUAAAAACGAGAUUGCUAUACUGCAGAAGCACUACGAUUAGCUGCAAGACAGCAUUAAUGAGUCAGAAAUGGAGAGAUCUUAGCACAACAGUGCCAAUGGAGACAAGAGUAAUGGACUCAUUAAGAUUAUUGAAGAGUACUCUAAGCAGUCUGAACAAAAGAGCAAGGAAAUCGAGGCUCUUAUUGCUAGAAUAGACAAGAAGUAAGGCAAGUUGGAUGAACUCAAGAAGAACAAGCUUGAAACUGACUCCAAAAUGAUUAAGCUAAAGAGCUCUCUAGAUAACGUGAAGACCUUCUUAAGACUCCUAAACAAUAACUAUAUGAAAACCAUGAAACAGCAAAGCCAAAGUCUGAAAGAGCAGUUUACUAUUUAUCAGGCCGAGUAUCAAAAGGAGAUAUAAUCAGAGAAGGAGUUGAAGGAUAUAAUCACAGCUGAGAAGCAAAAAUCACUUCAAUUAGAGAACAAACUCGAGCAAAUAUAGAAAGAGUUCACAGCAACUUUUGGCCAGGCUAAGCAAGAUUAUGAGCAGAAUAUGUCAAACCAGAAGGAGACCUUAAACAAAAAGAUCUUAAACCUUAAGGAAAAGGUCAGCUAACUCAGCACUCAAUAGCAGAGUGAAGGUGAUCAGAAGAAUCAACUUAAGGACUAAUAUACACUGAGGAUAUAGUAACUAGAGAAAGACAACGAGCUUUUAUCAAUUAAGAUGAAAUCUGAGUAGGAUAAAAAUUAGAUUUAAAUUUCUGAGCUUAACAAAGAUUUGACCAAUAAGCAGGCUAUCAUAACUGACUUGAAGGAGAAGAAAAACAGUCUCUAGAGUAAGUACGAAGAGCUAGCUAAUAAGUAUCAAUCUGAUUUACAAAAGCUGAGAGACAAACUAGAGGAGGAGAAGAAUCAGUGGAUCUUAAGAGAAACAGGAGUUUAGAGGACCAGAGAGAACGAAAGGAUACAGGAGAUUAAAAGUCUUUAUGAAGUGAAGUCAAAGGAAAAAGAGGAUGAGAUCAAUAGGUACAGAGACCAUAUCUCCAAGAUUGAAGCUGAAUUGACCAGCAUUAAGCUUGUAAACUUGAAGCAGGUAGAUGGGGUUAUGGAUGAAAGAAUGGAACUUGAGAAGAAUCUCAUCUUGUUUAAAACGCAAGUCACUGAUCUUGAGAGAAAAUAAUCAGAACUAAAUGCUAAAAUCAAUAAGCAUAAAGAAAAGAAAUAGCAAUAAUAGGAAAAGAUAGAACUACAAGCUAAAGAAAUUUAAAAUAACUAAAGCGAGUUAAAAUCUUUGACUAUUAAAAAUUAAGAUCUUAAGACAGCUAAUGAGAAAAUUAAUGAAUAGUUGACUAAAUAAAACUCAGCCAAACUUGACCUUCAGGCCUAGAAUGAAAUUCUCAAAGAAAAAUUAGUCUAACUUGAUAACUAAUUUGAUCAAGUGAGAUUUGACCUUAAUGAUGAGGUGAAGGAUAAAGAAAGCCAUAUUGAAAGACUUACCAUAUAAAUCAAAUAGCAUGAAAAAUCCAUCCAUUAAUUAAAGACUGAGUUGAAUGCUGCUAAACAAGAGAAAGAAAACUCUUUAUAGUUGAAUCAGUAAUAUGAAUCCCAAAUAUAGUAAGCUCGUUAAGAGAAGCUGAGUCUAUUUGACUAAAUUUAAGCAUUACAAGAAAACCUUUCAUAGAUCUAGCAAUAGAAUAUCACUUUAUAGACUUAGUAGUAAUAAUAAGUAGCAGAGCCUCCAAAGGAGAAGAAGAAGCGAGUAGUAAAAAAGAAGAAGACAUCUGAAUUUUCAACCUAAACUGAGCUAGUGCAAUAAGCUGAUUGUGAAAUCUAAACUGAAAAUCUUUCAGAAAUUGUAAAAGAAAUUGUAAGAGAGAGCAGAGAAGAGCCGGCCUAACCUCCCAAGCUGAAUUCUCCUGUGAUAAGAGGAGAGUAUAUGGAGGAAAGCCAGGAGAGAAAGAUAGAGAGAAUCAUUGACCAACCUGAUAUGGCUAUGAGAGGACCAUAGUUCGGAAACCCAAGAAUGCUUCCACCAAAUUAAAUGGGAAGAGGUAGAGGUGGAAUUUAACCAAGACCUCAAAUGAGUCAGCCAAGACCCAGAGCUCCAUUUGGUAUGGUCUAAUAACAAAGACCAGCAUUCUAAUAACAAGAAUAGCCAUUCUAGUAAAAUGAAUAAAUUUAGCCAUAGGUUUAAGAAAUCAAAAAUUAGACUCCUGGUUAAGAAAAUGAUUUGAUCAAGCAACAAAUUCCCGUAUAGGAAGAGCAAAGAUUCCAGCCAGCUCCAGUAAGAUAAGAAAUUCAAAGAGAAGAAUUUAAGGUUCAUCAUUAAUAGCAAGCGCUACCUCAAAUCACCUAGAACUAGAAAUAACCAGAUGAAAUACUUACACAAAGAUCAGAGGUUAGACAAGAAAUCCAGGAGGAGAUCAAAUAAGCUCCAAAGACAUAGAUACAAGAAGAGGAGAAGUCAGCUCCACCUACAUAGCCUCCUUAGAAUAACAAUUAGCCAAUCAUGUAAUAAAACACGAACCAGCAGCCAUUAUUGGAUCUGAGAAACAAUAGGUUCUUUGGAAUGAUCAAUGGUUUCAUUGGGUUCCUGACUAGAAGAAAGUAAGGAUAUACUGGAAGGCCAGCAUCAUAAAUGUUUUGGGAUGAGAAGAAGAAAAGAUAUGUGAUUGAAGGAGACGAUGAAUCAGAUGAUGAUAUUCCACCCCCACCUCCUCCAAUGAAGAAAUAAGUCGCUGAGGAAAAGUAGGAUGACAAGAAAGUGGAGGAAUUAAGCACUGUAACAAAUCCUAUGGAUCUGACUAGACCCGCUCUGCCAGGAUAUUUAGCCAAUAGAGGAAGAAGCCGAGGUGCCAGAGGUGGCUCUACUGUUGCCUAAAACAGAUUCCCUCAAACCUUUGGAAUGAAUUAGAUUACAGAAACUUAAAUUGAGAGGAAAUAAGAGAAUGAAAAGACUUAGCAGGUAGAAAUUAUGAAUAUAUCAGCUAAUGAAAGUCAAUAAAAUAUUGGGAACGAGACUUAAAGAUCAAUCAAGAUGGAAGAGCGGAACAAUGAAACGGAUUUGAACCAGACUACUUAAUUACAGUCAGACUAGAGAGAAGAGCAGUAAACAGAGUUAUAUAUGACAACCCUUGACAUUACUAUGAAUCAGACUUAAAUCAUCCAGGAGUAGUCGGAGAGAAGACAAGAGAAAAAAGCUGAGUAAUAAAAGCAAGAUGAACAGACUCAAAUCACUCAAUCAAGAUAUGAUGAAUUAAGAGAAUCCCAAUGGUUGGAUAAGUUUUCUUCCUAAUAGGAAAAAAUUAAUAAUCUAAAAUAUAAAAUAUCAAUGCUUCAACAAGAACUUAAAAUGCAAAGAGAAGAAAAUGAGUAGACCGUGGAGAACUUCACCUUGCUUUGCCAAGAUUUGAAGUUCAAAGGCAUGGAUGAAGUAGAAGACCUGCAGAAUGAUAUCUAGAUACUCAGAGACCAGCUGAAGGAAUUGGUCAAUGACAAAGCUGUUUAUGAAAUCAAAAACUCUCAGUUAGCUGAUUCGUUGAGUUAUCUUGAAUCUGAGAAUGAAGAGAUAAGAGGCGAGCUUAGCACUGCUAGAGUCAGAUUGAUUCAAGUUCAAGUCGAAAAUGAAAGCAUGAAGAAUUAAAUUAAGGAUGUAUAGUAAGUUGAAGAGAAAGAAGAUAAUUCCUACAAAACCAUCCUUGAUCUUUAGAGUGAAAACUCUAAUUUGAAAUGGCAGAAAAGUAUUUUAGAGGCUGAAAAAUUAUCAAAAACUAUUGAAAUUAAAGAUCUUCAGAGCUAACUAGACUUUACUCAACCAAGAGCAGCAUAACUAGAGAAAGAAAAUACAAAGCUAAUUGAGGAUCAAAGGUUAUUGCAGCAGGAAUUAAUAUAGCACUAACAAGAGACCUAAAUUAAGUAUGAAAAAGAAAAGGAAGCACUCAAGGAUGUCAUUAACAAGGUAUAACUGGAGAAAGAAAGAGUUUAGGAGCAAAACAGAGAAAGAUUCUAAGAAUAUGAGUCUAGAUUAAAGCAAACUGAAAAUGAUAAAUAGAAAUUUGAAUAGGACUUGUCAAAGCUAGCCAGAGAAAAGGAAAUCAUCAUAGAGCAGCUAAAGAAUAAGAAUCUUGCCUUAGCUUAGACUAUUCAAUAGAGGGAAUCAGACAUUACUUUCCAAAAAGAUCAGAUCAAUCAACUUUCCUCUAAGGUUCAACAAUUGAUAUAGAAGAGACAAAGUGAAAGUGAAUAGGCCGAAGUAAUGAUGAAGAAUUAACUCAAACAAAUUCAAGAUAUGCUUCAGCAGAAGACUUCGUAACUUCUAUAGUACGAGAACAAGUAAGAGGAGAUUAAUCUAGAGCUGAAUAAUAUGAACAUGAUUAGACACAAACUUACUGAGAACAUUGUUUACUUGCAAAAUGAGAUAAGAAAGAGAGAUGAGCUGCUUGAGACUUCUGAAUUUGGAGACUUUGAGUUCAUUGGAGAUGAAAUGGACAGCAUGAUCGCUCCAGAAGACGAAUCAGUCAGGGGCUAGGACCUUCAGAGCAACAAAGGAGAUGAUGAUGCUAAUGGUGGAGCAGCUGCUCUUUCUAAUAGACAUCUAUAAAUGGUGAGCAUGAAGAAGAAGAGAAAGACUUUCGGUUAAUAGCUUCAAAACUAACUAGAUGAAGCUAGAGCACAAUUGAAAUAGCAUAUAGAGGAAAAAAUGAGAGUGCAGAGAUAGUACCAACUAUUAGAUAGAAACUAUACCAAAAUAGCUGAAGGACUUUAAGAUAUUAAUUAGAUCUUGGAUUAAUAGUAAUAGAACUGUGGAAUCAACCCAUCCAACUUUGAAUAGUCCUCAUAGCUUUAUCAAGAAGAGGAGACAAAAGUGUCUGAUGAAAAAAAUGCAAGCAUCAAGGAUGACAGUUUGAUUAUGAAGGGUGCUAAGAUGGAUGAAAUCUAACACCAAAUCAUUCAGAAAGUAUUCUCUAUCUCAAGGCACUAUGAGUCAGAGAUCUCAGAGUAAAACCAUAAGUACAAGAUGAUAGUCAUGCAACUUGAGGAAAGCGAGAAUCUUAAAUUUGACAUUGAAAUACUAAAUGAUGAAAAGGCAAUGAUUGAGUAGGAACUUUUACAAUCGAAAAUUCAACAAAGAGAACUAGAAUUUAAAAAUUAGGAGCUUACCUAAAAAUCAAGCUUCAUGAUUAAGACUGAAGAAGACUUGAGAGCUUAAAUUGAUUAAAUGCAAUAAAGAGUUGAGAAGCAACAGUAGAGAGAAAGAUAAGACUAUGAGAAAUAAUUGAAUUCUCUCAGAGAUGAAAAUUUCAGAAAGAUCAAUGAGAUUAAUGAUAACUUUAACAAUUAGAUUCUACCUUAAAUUUCUCAAAAGAAUCAAGCUAAGAUUAAGAGUCUAUAGGAUCAAUUUAUCCAAAUGAGAGAAGACUUUAAUAAUCAACUCUAGGAACAGAAGAGAAUUUAAAGAGAGCUCGAGAACAAAAACAAAUCGAUUUUAGACUAGUCUCAGCUUUAAAUUGAAACUGAAUCAGAGGAGAAAUACAGACUAAAAGAACAAUUGAACUUCUUAGAGAUUCAAAAGCAAGAACUGGAGAACUAGUUAUCAUCGGUUAAGCUAGGCUAUCAAGGUAAAAUUAACUAACUCAACGAUGACAUCAAGGCUCUUAAGAGUGAGAUUGAUUUACAAACUAAGCAGUUCGAUGAGUAUAAGGACAAUCUUGAGAGAAGCUUUAGAGAAGCAGCUUUGAAAUUGAAAGCUAAAAUUGAUGAGAAAAAGAAGCAAAUGAAAGACAUGCAGACUAAGUUCAGAGAAUAAUUCGAAAUAGUUAUCAAAUCUCAUUAGGAGGAAGUAACUUAGAUAAGAAAAGGAGAUGAAGAAAAGUUAGAAGCUGCCAAUAGACAAGUUUUAUCUAAUAAGUAAACUGAGGAUUCUCUGAGAAGUGAAAUUUAAACUUUGAAAGAUUAACUCAAUCAACAAUUGAAUGAGUCAAUCAAAGUAUCUAGUGAAUAAUAAGAGGAAUUAAACAUAAAGCAUUAAUCACUCCUUAAUGCAAAGGAUCAGGAAAUUUAGUCACUUUAGAGUGAACUAAGCUCCGUCAAAACUUUAUUAGAACAGCAGGAAUCUGAGAAUAAAAAGCUGUAAGAAGAGAAGAGUGAAAUUUUAGUGGUACCAUAAGUUGAUGAAGCUAAGAUCAAGGAAUAUGAUGAUACUAUUUCUCAGCUGAAUAAUAAGCUUAAACAAAUUGAAGUGGAUCAGUAGAGUCAAAUUGAGAAUCAGUAAAACAUUACUAGAUAGGUGAAGCAACAACUAAGAGAGGAGAUUGAUAAACUCAAUAUUGAAAUCUCAGAACUCAAAGAGAAGUUAUCUUAAGCAGCAGAUUAAAAAGAAGAAUAGUCAGAGUAAGAACAAAAGAUUAAUGAGGUCGAAUCAAAGAAAGAUCUUGAGAUUUAAGACCUAAGUAAAUAAGUAACUGAGUUUGCUGAUAAAAAUAAGCAGCUAGUUGAAUAGAUUGAAAGACUGGUCAAUGAAAAGCAUGAAUUAGAGGCUAAAUUAUCCUAGAUAUCUGAAGUUAAUGCUUAAAAUGAGGGUAUAUUAGUAUAGAUAACUGCCAAGGAUGAGGAAAUAACUACUUUAAGACAAGAUAUGUAUAGGUAUCAGCAAGAUUAGGAAAGGAUAAUCUCUGAACUAAAUGAUAAAAUCUAAUAGCAGGAAGCUGCAAGCAAGGAGAAUGAGAGUAAAGUAGAUUAGAAUCAAAUAGAUCUUCAAUUGCAGAUACUAGAAUCAGAAUUUGAAGCUAAAAUGAAGGUGAAAGAAGAAGAUUUUGAGAAGGAAAAGUAGGAUAUGAUAGAGUAUUUCAAUGGGAGAGAGUCUGAAAUGAAGACUAUGACUGAAUAGAUAGCUCUGAAACUUAAGGGAGAUAUCAAGAAGCACAAGGAAAAAGCUAAGAAUGUGCUGAAUGCUCUUGAAUAAGCUCAGAAAGAUAAAGAGCAGUAGACUUAAAACAUUGAAGAGCUUAAUAACUAGAUUAGGAGACUGUAGCAGUAAAAGAUAAGUGUAGCCUAAUCGUAGAUAAAAGAGUUUUAGGACUAAAUAGAUGCUCUUAACUUAAAGGUAAAUGAACAGGACAAAGAGCUUAAAUAAUCUCAAACUCUGCUAGCUCAAUCUAGAGAGGACACUUAGAGCUUGCUAGAUUUCUGUUACUAACUAGCAAGUUUAAUGCAAUAGAAAUUUGAGGUAAUUGGAGAGUCAGACUUGGUAGUUGACACGAAGGAUGAUAGAGAGUCAUUCUAUAAUUUGCUUAAUCAGAAAUUGGGUGAACUACUAUAAAAUUUUGAAGAAGAUAAGAGAGCUUUAAGAUCCUUAAUGGAUGAGAAAGAGCAUCUAGAGAGUCUCAAAGACUAAUACUACCAUCAGGCUGAAUCAUUACUGUCAGAAAAGAGCGUUCUCCAAGAUAAGCUGGAGUAAAGUGAUGCAAUGAAGCUAGAGAAAAAAGUUAAAAUGAUGGAAGAGGAAAGAAGUGAGAUGCGAAGUGACUUUAACAUCAAGAUUAAUAGCUUCGUCAUGGAGAUUGAUGAUCUUAAAACAAAGCUAUCAAGGUAUGAGGAGCCAAUCCCAUAAAUUGAAUAAAGCGAGUAGUCAAUCAAGUAAGGCUAAGUCAACAUACUUGACGAUAUGUCUAUGUCAAGGGCAUCUUAAUCUGAGAUAGUCCCAACCUUUAUGGAUUAGAGUAAGAUGAGUGUUAUCAAUCAAGCAGCAGUCAACUAGGAAAAGAAACAAGGCAAUUAUCCAGGCUAAUAACAGAUCACUCAACAGCAAAAGAGUGGACUGUUUACUAGCAUUGCCUCGUUCUUCCUUACCGACAGUGAACUUGAUACUCAGUGA